GUGAACCGGAGGACAGAGUGCAGCGGUGUUGUUUUGAAGUGCAUUCUGUUCAAUGCGCAACAGAAUCCAAAGAUUUCCGCCUUUUCUUCUUCUUCUCAACGGCACGAAUGGCCAGAGGCACGAACCUCCUUUUCAUCGUCCUCGCCUUUUCAGCCCUUUGCCAAGUCUCCAAGGCACGUCAAGUCUCACCGUGCGACGGGACACAAGAGCUGUUUGGAGACGUUAACUUAACCAAGGCUUUUGAGGAGUCUGACCUCGUCGCUCUUGGUAGCUGUAGCUGGAAUAAUACCCACCAUGUAUUCAAGACUUAUAGACCUUAUAAUUACAAGGACGUCGAAGUUCCGAAAGAAAUUGUCAUUGAUGGGUACAAUUGCUCCCACAACGUUGCCAUUUUCUUGACCAAGACGCAGGAGUCAUCAUUCAAGCUGUACAGUCAGAACGACGAGGAAGUGAAGCCCUUGAAAUUAAAUUUGACUCAACCAUUCUUGAACUGUGUCAACUACCUUUCUCUUGAAGACCAAGAACCUCAAAUAGUAGUCGAGAACCACCUACAGAAGGCCUGGGGCAGUCCAGAAGGCAAGUAUUACUUCGAGAAUGGAACAAAUGUCACCCUGCAAUGUAAUGGUAGGACUCAGAUCCUUAAGAGUAACUCAAAAUGGUUCGAUCCAAGCGGCCAAUUACAGAGUGCGAUUGAUCUAAAAGGUAGAUUCGAAGCUCAGGAGGAAGGAAACUACACGUGUGGAUUUUACAUGGACGAUAGGAAGUCCAGGCUGGCUUCAGUAGUCUUGGAGGCUCUAGGAGAGAACUUCAUUAUGCUAGAGCUGGCUGCGGAUAAUUCAACCCUGGAAGUACAUGAUCAAGGUGACGACACUGAGGAGAUGGAGUGGCGCAUCAAUUUUCUGGCAUACCCCAAGAACAUCACCUUUAGUUGGGAACAUAAAGGAAGGGCUCUAAGCUUCAACUGCAGCAAAGUAGAGGAAGGCAAACGCCAUGUAGAAUGUGACUACCAGAAAGGGACACUGACUCUGAAACUCAAAAGACCCUCAGUGCUGGAAGCCGGAACCCACUCUCUCAUGGUCAGCGUCUGGAAGAAUGGAACAUCACUCCGUCAAAAGACUCUCCAGAGACGUCUAGUAGUAUGGGAUCAUGAAUUGGACGUCAACCUCUCACUUGAAACCCUAGAGGGCAAGGAUAUUCCUAAGGACCACAUCCUGGAGAAGGAUCAGCAGUUCCAUCUAAAGUGCUAUGUGACUGGACAUCCAGUUUCAGAUGUUCUCCUGGAGUUCCGGUCAUGUGAUUCACUGGAAAAUUGUUCCUCUCCUAAUCUGGUUAAUGGCAAGGUUGUGAUGAAGAGUUCAAACCUAACAUCAACAGUUGGGCCAAAGCUCAGGAUUUGGCAGGAAUCUGCUAAAGUCCAAGGAAUUUACCAGUGUCUUGGAACAAAUCGAAGCGGAGAAAAAUUUUUAAGCAAUCAUGUCAUACUAGCAAUUUCAGAUUGUGGUCAAAUGACCCCUAUAUCCAUUGAGGCUAAGAUAAAUGUGGAAGAAUCUGAGCAACCGGUAUAUGUCAACAGCUCCUCUCCAGUCAUCUCAGUUAUCAUAGGAGAUGAUGUCACACUCAGAUGUAGGAAAAAUAAAAUGUCAAAGUUAACAGAUAAGCUCGAGUGGAUUUCCCAGGAUUUCAGUUUUGAUCAAGAGAACAUCACCAGAGAGCAAGAAGAAUUUUCAGAAGUCCUGGUGUGGAAAUUGGAUCCUGACCUUCUUAAGUACAAUGGCACAAUAAUCAGCUGUGGGUCUGGCGGCAAGAGGCAAAUAAUUGUCAAAGAGGCCAAGGCACCACAUUUUGUGAAACAUGAGUCUUUCAAAAGCACUGUUGAACGCAUCGGGAGCCUAACACCUAGGACUACUGUGAAUUUCUCUUGCAAAGCAACCGGAGUUCCAAAUCCCAUCAUCAAUUGGACAAAGGAUGACACGCCACUUAAGAAUAACCCACCACAUGUCACUAUUGAGGGAUCAACACUAAAACUUUAUCUGAUCGAUGAAAGGGAUUCUGGUGUAUACAAGUGCAGUGUAUCUAACAGAGCUGGCUCAGAGCAUGACUCUGUAAAACUCACUGUGGACACGGGACAUCAGCCCUCUGCCUGGAUCUUCAUUAUAAGUAUUUGCUUAUGCUUCAUGGUCCUUGUCUUAGGGAGUGUCGCUUACAACAUCAGGAAAAAGAGAAAAAGAAGUAUCUUUAUGAUAGAAGAGGUGGAACAAUUCAUCAGUGGCGCACCAGGACGAUUCAACCCUGAGCUGGGCUUCAGCCAGCAAGCCCAUCUCUUGCCAUAUGAAAGAAAAUUUGAGAUUGCAAGGCAACGCAUUGAGUUUGGAAAGCUCAUAGGUGAGGGUGAGUUUGGACAUGUGUUUCAAGCAAAGGUGGAUGGUCUCCUACCAAAUGAGAGGCAAACAACAGUGGCAGUGAAGACAUCCAAGUCUCGCUCAAAUGAUGUGUUCAGGAAGGAGCUCAUUGCUGAAGUCAAAAUCAUGAUGCAUAUUGGCAGACACGCCAAUAUCCUUAACUUGCUUGGAGUUUGCUCAGAAAAUCUGGCAACAAAAGGAGAGCUUCUGGUUUUAGUCGAGUACUGUCGCCAUGGCAACCUCCGAGAUUACCUAGUUCGUCACAGAAAGAACUUUGUGCAGGAUAGGGAUGCAUCCAGCCACUGCAGCCAUUCUUACGGGAAAGCAGCAUCAACUGUAUAUGCAGAAUUGAGGAAAGAUGAUGGCCUUUCUUCUCAAGACACGUCAUCAGUGGUUGAAAGUCGCAUUAACAAAGAACGUUCCCUCGAUUCAUCGUCAGCCAUCAUAGCCUCAACGCUGAACACUGUAGAACUAAGUAUUCAGGAACCUUCUAACCCCUUGUUCAUCUCCGGAGCCGCUGACCCUGCCCCUUCAAUAUACUCAGAUGGGAUGACCCAGGAGAACCUCGCUCCAGCUGACCUUGUAUCUUGGUCAUAUCAGAUAGCGAAGGGGAUGGAGUAUCUUUCGCUGAGGAAGGUGGUUCAUGGGGACUUGGCCGCUCGCAACAUCCUCUUGGACGAGAGUUAUACUGUCAAGAUCAGUGACUUUGGAUUUGCCAAAGAUGUUUAUCACAAGAACUAUAAAAAGAAAGGACAGACAUCGUGCCUGAUGCCUGUGAAAUGGAUGUCACCUGAAUAUCUGAAGGACGAAAUCCGGUCAAUCCAAAGUGACGUCUGGGCUUAUGGGGUCCUUUUGUGGGAGAUCUUCAGCCUUGGGGAGUCACCUUAUCAGGGUUUCUUCCUUGAUGAAACAUUCGUGGAGAAGAUCGAGAAGGGCUACAGACUUCCAUGUCCCAAAUACUCACCUGAAAAGGUGUACAAAAUGAUGCUUGACUGCUGGCAAAUAGAGCCAAUGGAUCGGCCUCCAUUUUCAGAUUUGGUGAAGAGGAUGAUUCGUCUGCUAAGUUCCAGAGAAAGAGAGUACUUUGAAAGCAUGAACCAGCCAUACGACGAGCAAAUAAUGAGCACCUUCCUGGCAUCCCUCAUCACACCAAACUAUGUCAAUUUGACGAGCACCCAGAAGAGAAACCCAGCAGUAGAUCUAGACCCUGAGGUCUUAAGUGUGACUUACACUCAUGUGUCUGCUCCUCAGACAUGCUCACCUAUGACAAAGCGUACCAACUUGAGCAUCGCAAGCAUUAGCCUCAGCAGUGACUCUAACGGAGAAGAUGACGAGAGAGGAGAUGGUUAUCUGUGCAUGAAUCCAGUUAACAAGGGGAAUGUGGCGCCAAACUGAAAAAUUCUCUUGCCAGUUGUGCCAGAAGUCUUGAUAUCCCUGCCAAGGAUAAGGUUUGCGUCAGUUUCCAGACAGGUUUUUCCAGCUUUUAUUAGAAAUGUCUUUUUAUUGAGCUUUUGUAAACCCACCGAACUUCACAGGUAAAUUUCCAGAUAAUUCUACUUACAGAGGUUAUUAAAGGAUGUCCUAUGAAUUGAAGGAACUUAACUGUAUACUAAGGAAAGAAGUCCUUAAUUUUCUGUUAGCAAACAUUGGACAUUAUGUAUGAGGUUAUAGAGGUAGCUCUUUGCUUAACAUAGUUUUUGUCAAUCUUGUCUUGCAAAGAUAUCUACUACCUCUUGGAGAACUAUUGUUCUGAGAUUCAAUGUGUUUUCCAUCGUUCACAUUUACAGUAGACAAGAGUUCCUCUUUAUAGAAAACAAGCAAAAUCUUAUAAGUAGAAAAGGUCUCUAUCUUUCUUUUAGAGGAAAAUUAUUGAUUGUUCACUCUACUAACUUUCAAAUACAUAUUGCAAAAUCCCUCCAUGCAUAUAUGAAAGUCAGAGUAUCAUAUGUUGGAGAAGAGCUUGGUGAGUUUGCUGUAAGCUGUGUGGUCAAGCAGGUUUAUGUGGUAGUACCAGCCAUCUUUAAUGUUUAUUAUUCCUGCAUGUGCUCUGAUACAUAUGAAAAGUGAGGUUGUAGCCUUUUGCGAUUGAGAAUGAGUGUGUGAUUAUUUUAUAUCAAAAGUUUCAUGGCAAGGCAAAAGUCGCUGAUUUCCUAAAUAGAAAUUUGCCUUGUCCUCAUGAUAUUGUAGUAUGCCAUAUCAUGGUAUAUCAUAAUUUUUCACAAGAUGCAAAAUUUUUGGCCUUAUUCUCACUUUGACUAAAGUAUUGCCAGACAGAAAGUUGCAGACCAAAAAAUGCAUUUUCACCUGAGUGGUGAGUUGAUUAGAUUAUAAAUUAUGGUAUAUUUUGCAGUUUAGUUUGGAUGAAGAAAUGUAAACGAUAAAUAAUAGUGUUGUAACAGGAGUUUACCCUUGACUGAAUAGAGAUGGGUCUUCUUGUUAUCCUGUUAUCCUGUUUUUGUUAUGAUACUGAUAUCCUGCUGUACCAGCGGUUUUACCUUUUCAUUUUUCAAACAAAAUACCUUCUGGCGAAAUUCACACAUAAAAUAUAUCACAAUUUUUUUUAAAGUAAAUUGUAUUUUUCCUAACUAUAAAAACCUGAGGUCCUUUACAUUAGGAAUUACUUUACGACAAAGCUGGGACACGGCCAUUAAAACUCUAAAACAAGGUAGUUAGGCAGUAUAACUACCAUCCAGUAGGCAGGGAGACCUGUCUUCCCGGAUGUAAACACUACUUUGCCUUUCAGCCCAGGUUUCAGAUUAUGUGUGACAUGAGGUGGGCAUUAAUGUAAAGUACGCCAGGUUUGUAUAAUUAAGAAAAAUACAAUUUACUUUAAAAAAUUGUGAUUUGUUCCCACACAUUAUACAAACCCUCUGUCCUUUACAUUAGGAAGACUCACUUACUGGUGGGAGGAAUGUGAGUGAGUCUCUAGAACUGACUGGAGUUCAGCACAACUGGGGUAUUCCUCCUGGUCGAAAGAGCAAGAUGAAGAGUUAGACUUCUGGGCCUUUUUGAAAUGAGUGAGGAAUCUUAACUCAUCUGAAAAAAGGCUGGAAAGAAUAUUAAGAGUCUGAGGCAUUCAUGCAAAGAUCCGAGAAGAGUUUACCUUAUUGCCAGUCUCCUUCCUCCCCUUGCUAGUGGAAGGAGCAGGAUUGCUUCUAUGCUUCUGAUAACAAAAAUAGAAAGGAAACUCAAUGUAUAGGCUUACUGCAUCAAAAGCCCAACCAGCAAGUGUAAUUUUGAGUCUUAUCCUCAAUCCGAAGGGGGAGAGGCCAGUCACCCUCGCAUCCUUCUCACCUCUAGAACUGCACACCAUAGGCGAGAUGUAACUUGUCCUAUUGAAGGAGUGGGACAAGUUCGCUCAGACACAGCCGAGCACUCAAUUCGGCUGAGCUGAAUCAAGUGAGCUGUCCAGAUCACAACAAUGCAACUCUGAGUGGUAAUCGUCAGCUAAAGAUUAAUGCUUCCUCCCUCAUGCAUUCCUUCGACACCAAAGGGACUAUUCAUCUGCUGCCCUAAGUGCUUGGACCUUAAGGUCCGAGACACAAGGAUGGAACCUGACCACACACUUAAGAAAGUGUUAACUGGCAGUGUCAACACAGCUAAGUGUCUCGGCAAUUAUCAUUUUCUCACACGAGACUGGAGAGAGAACUCCCCUGUACUAGUAGACUUCUCUCACCCCCUGAGCACUUGUGAUUCCAAAGAAUUCGAGCGUUCAGCAAGUGUCAGAAUUACCAAGUAAUUCAAGCGCUCGGCAAGAAUGCCAAAUCCCAUAAGGAUAGUCAUCAGGAGCGCAUCUCUUGCCCUUCAAGCACUCAUGAUUCUAAGAAUGCAAGCGCUUGGCCAGGCUCCUGAAUUUCGUAAGAUCAAUCAUCAGGAUUCUCUAGUCUCACCUGAGUACUCUGAAAUCACAAGAAACCAAGCGCUCAGCAAGCACCUGAAAUUCCAAGGAAUUCAAGCUCGUGUUGAGACUCCUGAAUCUCGUAAGAACAAUCAUUGGGAGUGCCUUGUUUCGCCCAAGUGCUCGGAGUUACAAGAAACCAAGCACUCGGCAAGCACCUGAAAUUCCAAGGAAUUCAAGCGCUCAGCAAGACUACCGAAUUUUGUAAGAACAAUCAUCAGGAGUCUCCUGUCUUGCCCGAAUUCUUGGAAUUACAAGAACCUAAGUACUCGGCAAGUGAGACUACUGAAGCUCUCAAGACAAUCAUCGGGAGUAGUCCUCUCUUGACAUCCGAAGAAGUCGAGGGAGAACAGACACAGAACCAUUCUUAGAUGCAGGCAGCUAACAAUUGGAUCAAGAGUGUGAUUCAACAAAACAUGCACUCGAAGCUCCCAACACGCAAGACCCCUUAGGAGAAUGCAGGAAGAACCACAGAAAGAACACUGCCUCCUUGGAGAGAGGUAUUCCCUUAGAAGAUCUGUAGGACUUUCAAAGGCAACCUCUAUCUCAUUUCUCCAGUUGUUCGAAUUCUCAGAAUCAGGACACCAGGUGGGAACCUGCCAAGCACUGGCAAUUACUCAGCGAGUGCUAGAAGUAGUAUUAUUAAGGGGAGACAAGACACGUGAAUGUCUCUCCCUUUCUCUCACCCUUUGCCUGAACUGGGAUAGAGAGAGUACUCUCUGUCAACAGCUCAGGAUGCUCGGGAUUCAUUAGAAACGAGCACUUGAAAAGACUUGUGAACCAGAGCCCAACACAGAACCAGUUUUAAGGCGGAACCUCUAGAACUGAUGAUGGGAAUUCAAACCAUAGCUUGCGCUACCACAGCUCCUGAAACACAAGGGGGUAUGUGAAUCAGUUUCCAAACCUGAAGAUUUGGCCAUUUCCUCCUCAGGAGGAGGCAGUCCAUUAAAAAUCCUGUUGGAGGACUUCUCAAGGGGGAGGGACCUCCUGGAGCUUCAAAACAGGAAGGGAAGAAAGGGAGCAGAGGAUGAUCAGACAUUAGCAGCCAUUGAGGCAGGAAUCACAGGGGAGCUGGGAGUAGAAGCUGCCCCAUGAUAAUUCGUCAGGGCAACAGAACCAAUCUAACAUGCAGCACAACAGGGGAACAACACACACACCACACUAAGGGUAGUACCGUAGCAUUCUAGAGUGUCACAGGUACACUCCAGAGGAGUAGGAUAAUCAACGUGGUGAGAUAUUCAAUCAUUUAAUGCUGUGAACUAUUACUGCUAACAGUCAUCCUGAAGAAAAAAAUAUUAAUAAGAUACUCUUCUCAUUCUGAAGGGUACUGCCCUCCGAAAUAAGUGAAGACCCCUGAGAAUAAGUCACCCAAUCACCAACAUGUGCACCUCCUUAAUAUCAAAGGGUGUGCGGAUGUGAUAAGGGUGUAUGAUAUGGCCUUGUUGCCAAUCCCGAGACACUCUGGGGAAAGGCAACUUUUAAGGCUAUGACGAAAAGUGAGUUUGAAUAUUAAUAAAUAUUAAAUAGGGUUAAAUAUUAAUAUCAAACAGUAUAUUCAAUAAAAAUCAAAAGCAAAGUGGAGUGUUUACAUCCGGGGAGGAAGGUCUUCCCACCUAUUGGACGGUAGUUACUGCCUAACCACCUUGUUCAAGAGAGUUAACGGCCGUGUUCCAGCUUCGCUGUAAAGUAAAUAAUAAUGUAAAGGACCGAGGGUUUGUAUAUAUCAUGUAGGAACAGCUGUGACUUUAUGCUCAUCUGUCUUUGUGUGUUCAACAUGUUUUGCCAAGUGAUGUAGUGACCUACACACGUAUACAUUUUCAUGUGAUUUUGGAUGAUUCCAUAUUGUGAAUGAGGUAUCCAGGUACCACAGUAUAGUGACUACAAUCUUUCAUGAUUAUCAAGUUUAUAUGUUAAUUACUUCAUAAGAUAUGUAUGAUUUUUUCUCAUGCUUUAUGACAAGAUAUGAAAUUGUCACCUUUGAUUGACAAACAGUUCACAGAGAACAGUAAAACAAAUCUUUUUCCCAUUAUAAGCAUUUUAUUAGGAAGGUAUCAAUUUAAAAUCAAUUACAUUAUGUAAAUUUUACAUAUAUUUUAUGGAUCCACAUAUACAGGCAGUCCCCGGGUUACGACGGGGAAUCCGUUCUUGAGACGCGUCGUAAGCCGAAAAUCGUCGUAACCGGAACAUCAUCAAAAAUCCUUAGAAAACCUUACUUUUAAUGCUUUGGGUGCAUUGAAAACUAUGUAAACUGCAUUCUUAUUGCAUUUUUCAUCCAAAAACCUUCAAAUAUUCAUUAUUUUGCCUUUUUGGUGUCAUAUUUCUUCUGCCAGAUCAGCGUUGUAGGCGUCGUAACCCUGGAAAUAAUUUCUGAUGAAUAUAAUUGAAAAGUGCCUUAACUCGGAACGUCGUAAGCCGAACCUGUCGUAACCCAGGGACUGCCUGUAUAUAUACAGUGCUCCCCCCGUAUUUGCGGGGAAUGUGUACCAGACCCCCCGUGAAUAGUUAGAACCCGGGAAUAUUUGGAACCCCAAUAAAAAUGCUUAAAACAGCCUAUUUUGUUAGUUAAAACUCAAGAAAAACCACUAAAAUUUUUCAUACUUGGUUUUUUUAAUAGUUUUAUCACAAAAAGUGCAUUUAAUGAUGAAAUUUAUCAUAAAAAAAACCAGGAAUUUGUGGCUAUUUCUCAUAGAAAAAUACCGCGAAUGCGCAAAUUUUUCGCAAAUAAUGCGGGGAAACGUUUCCCGAGAGAAAUCCGCAAAUGUAUGAGUCCAUGAAUCCGGAGAAUGCGAAUACGGG